AUGUUCCUCGGGCAGCUACAGAAAGAACUACAUCAGGAUGUUUUUCCAGAUGUGGAACCCGGGAGAGGUGCCCCUAUGGUCCAAACGCUUGGGUUGAAUGAUUCCCUGGUGAGCGAGACCCAUCGAAGAGAGAAACGUGGCUUGGACAUGGAUCCCAUGGAAGAAAAGGAGAAUCAACUGCCCAGUGCCCUGGUUGUGGAUUCCAGCUGCCUAGGAGUGAAUGAAUCUGCCCAGCGGCUCAAUUCCGUGCGGGAGAGCUACCGAUGGAUUCUGCAAGUGCCUCAGCAGGACCUCACCAUGAACUUCCAGAAGAUCCUGGUGGACUUGGCCUCCAAGAACGCCAAGGGCCUCUACCGAGCUCAUAUCCAAGCCAUCGUUGGGCAGAAGGCCACCCGCUUCUCAGGUCUGGUGGGCCUGGAACAGGAUUCUCUCUACAGGAGCAUGCCUGAAAUUAUUGCUCUCGCCUUGGGGACUCUGAAGGUUUAA